AAAACAAAGUACGCAACGACCGAGUGGACUAGACCUCGUCUAAGCGCCUUUUUCUCUGCUACCCUAUUCACUCGAGUUUUACGUCAUUAAUACAAACGUUACGUUCUUGGCACAAACUUUUUAGAAAAUUUUCAAACGUAUGAUUGAGAAAUGUCAAAUACACGUGGUUUUAUUAAUUUGAGAAGAUAAAUUUAAUUAAGUUUUUGAUAAAAAUGGGACGAAAAAUUCCUGGUAAGAAGCACAGAGGAAUUAAAGAUCCAAAUGUACAACAAGAAAAUCGAUUAAAAAAAAUCAUAACAAAAAUUGAUGCACCACCCAAGGAUCCGGAUGAACAACAUGUCCCAAAAAGUCUUCAACGGGUUAUGGAUUUAACAAAAAAAGUUAAAGAUGGAACUAUAUCAUUAAAACGUAAAAGGAAACGUAAAAAGAAAGAUGGUUCUAACACAGAAAAUGUACAAAUUAUGAAACGUAAUGAACAAUAUAGUAAAGGAAAACCAGAAAAACCGAUACCGGUAUUCAAACAAAAACCUGGUGAAAAUGAUCGAGUAUUUUUAAAUCGUGUAAAUAAUAUUGUACAAAGUGUUCUAGUAGAAAAUGAAUUCGAACAAAAAUAUGGUGUUGAUGUGCAUAGAAAUCCAAUUACUGGACAGGUUGAAGGAAUAACAAAAAAGGAAAAAGAUGAAAUUGAUGAAUUAGUAAAAAAAGCUAAAAAAGAUGCUGUAACCACCGCAGAUGGUAAAGUGAAGAAAAAGAAGAAAAUUAAAAAAAAAGACGGCGAAGUACGUUUAACGAAAGCACAAAAGCGUAAAAUAAAAUUGGUGGAACGGAAACGUAAAAAACAGGAAUUAUCAAAUAGUGGUGCCGAUGAAUUUAGCAAAUAUAAAGAUGAAGUUAAAUUUGGUGAAAUUGCUCAUGAGCCACCAACAUUAAAACAUCCAAAAUUAAAAAUCAAUAUUAAUAUUCCAAGGAUUGGAAAUAAAGACUUAAUAUUAAAAUCAAUGUUAAAAGAUAAUAAGGAAAACGAUAAGAAAAAGGAGAAGAAAACCAACAUACUUAAAGAAAAAUCUUCAUCGAAAACUAUCAUAGACAAAAAAGGAAAACGGAAAGAUUUACCAGUUGGUACACGGCGUCAACUUGAACAGUAUCGUGAUGAAGCUGUUAAAGCCUAUAAAUUAUUAAAACAACAGCAACUUCAGCAACCAUCAUAAGUGCUAUAUCGCUAGAUGUUUUGAUCGAAGAAAGAAAGUAAGGUUAUAGCUUUUAUUGACCAUUUUGGAUCAUUUUGUUCACAUCAAAAAUUAAACAAGUUUUGUAAUAUCAAAAAGAUUAUUAUUUUUUUUUUACGAAAUUUUGAGUUCGGUGGAAGUCAUUAUUUGUUUAUUUUGCAUUUCGCGCAAAAUCUCUCUGCCAUCAUUUUGAUUCUAAACAGGCCAACCUUUUGAUAUGACCUUACACAAAUAUCUUUCUCACUGUUAAUUACGUCUAGGAGCCUUGAAUCAAAAAGCUGUUUGAGCAAUCAAAUUUACAGAAUGGCUUAUACGAAUCACGAAAUGCAUUUUUUAUAAAAUAAAGGAGUUUUUUUGAAA